AUGAAAAAGAAGCCAAGGACAAAGGGUCUUAUUGAUGUAUUUUUUGCUCAAAAUGCAGAAAGGGCAGUGAAAGAUAGGAAGAAUGCAAAGUUGAAGCAAACCACCAUAAAUGAGGCAUGUAAAAAGGAAUUGCGAGAAAAGGCAUGUAGGGAUAUAGCUCGAUGGAUGCAUGAUGCGACAAUUCCUUUCAAUGCUGCCAAUUAUCCAAGUUUUCAAGUGAUGUUAGAGUCUGUUGGACAAUUUGGUAUUGGUUUGAAGGCACCAUGUUACCAUGAAUUGCGAGUUCCUUUGUUGAAUAAAGAAGUUACUGAUGUGAAGAAUGAAUUGAAGUCCUAUGAAGAAGAAUGGGCAAAGUAUGGUUGUUCUAUAAUGACAGAUGGUUGGACAAAUAAAAAGCAAAGGACUUUAAUUAAUUUCUUAGUGAAUUCUCCAAAGGGAAUAGUUUUUCUUGAGUCUAUGGAUGCUUCAGAGUAUUCAAAGACUGGUGAGAAGAUGUUUGAGCUGCUUGAUAGAAUUGUGGAGUGUGUUGGGGAGGCUAAUGUGGUUCAAGUAGUGACAGAUAAUGCUAGUAACUGUGUACUUGCAGGUGUGGUGAACAUGUUACGGCACUUCACCGGUGAAAGAGAACUAAUUAGGCCUGCUGUCACAAGAUUUGCAACUGCUUUUCUCACCCUUCAACGCAUACAUAAGCACAAGACCAAAUUGAGAAAAAUGUUUACUUCAGAGGAAUGGACCACAAGUAAGUGGGCAAAAGAGCAAGUUGUUAAGAAAGUGACUAGUAUUGUGAUAAUGCCUAGUUUUUGGAGUACUAUGGUGUACAUCUUAAAGAUAUUUGGUCCAUUAGUCCAUGUGCUUCGAUUAGUUGACGGUGAGAAAAGGCCUGCAAUGGGAUAUAUUUAUGAGGCUAUGGAUAGGGCUGAAGAAGCAAUUGCAAAGUCAUUUGGUGAAAAGGAAGAAAAAUACAAGGCAGUGCUUGAGAUCAUUAAUAAACGAUGGGAAAGCCAACUCCACCAACCUUUGCAUGCAGCUGGACAUUAUUUGAAUUCUGAAUUUUUUUAUUCAAAUACUCAGAUUGCUACAGAUGAAGAGGUUAUGACUGGUUUAUACACAGUUCUACAAAGUGCUGGCAUAUUUGGGAUGCCUGUGACAAUUAGGAAUCGAACAACAAUGUCUCCAGCUGAAUGGUGGAAUGCUUACAGAGCUUCAACUCCAGAUUUGAGAAAUUCUGCAAUAAAAAUGCUUAGCCUCACUUGUAGUGCAUCUGGUUGUGAGCAUAAUUGGAGUAUCUUUGAGCAUAUAUCGACUGUUCACUGGGACCACCACCGGCCACCGUAA